AGGCUGUGCACAGAGAAAGGAUAUUUCUACACCGCAGUUUGCGUCGCUCACCAGCUCAUGUCUGGUCCUCCUUCCUUGCUUGUCUCGGGUGCCGGCUUUGUCGAGACAUGUUCAACCCCUCGUCUGUGAACCUCCUUUCCUCGUAAAUUAUUCACCACUCGCUGCUGCUGCUGCUGCCGAUCCUGCGGCAGAUGAGCUUCAACCUUUUGUUGUCUCAAGCUUGUUACGGACUUUCUUAACACUUCGAGUUGGAUGCGGCGUCGCUUCCAUGGGCGGGACAGUAAAGUAUGUUAUGAACUUCGUGUAGGUUUUUGGGCAUGGUGUCCGUCUGGUUUCAUCGAAUUUAUCGGUUGGACCGGCGCGAAUUAUAAUGCCAGCAUAGGUACUUCCUAGAACUCAUGACAUGUCUUUGAAGUCUCACUCGCCACGUUCAAGCUGCAUUGUCAAGUAGGCGCUUAAUCGGCCUCCUUGGCGUGUUCGUAAGCAAAUAAUCGGAAUUCUUUGUCGUCGGUCGGGUCACAUCUUAAGCGGCGUAGCAGAAAAUUUAGACCAACGGACAAGCCAUUGUGUGUCGUGGAGAAGUGUCUCAUGUUGCCUUGAUGUUCUAGCUUGGAUCCAUCCUUUCAUCGCGGUUAGAUGACAACUGCAUUACUGGGCAAGAGUUCAAAGUGCUUCUACCGUUUUGAAGGAGAUGUGAAAGUGUCGCACGCAAUCUAGAUAAAAACUGUUGAGAAGUGAAGAAAAGUGUAUUCUGUUCCGAAAGUUGUCAUGAGAUCAUCUACUCAUUGUUCUGCCGGCGCCGAACUUUUUUGUCAAUUCGUGCUAAGCUUAGUAUAAUAGUCAAGUAUACAAAGCUGUGAGGGCAAGGCGGUGAUGCUGCAGCAAGCAAUUCUAUUAUUGGUACUAGAAUUUAUUGUGCUUCCUUUAGCCAACCGUCUUAGAAGCAGGGAUGUCCUUCUGGCUUGAGAUUCUUAGAGCAUGAAGAAAUGGACAAUCGAGAAUUCCCUUUCGUAUCAGCAGCCCCAUUUUUAGGAACUGCCUCAAAUUACAUCGACAAUGUGCAGCACCAUUGUCUACCAUGCCGCUCUCUUCUUUUCUCUUGAACAAUUUCGAUUUGCAGACGUGAAGAAAAUCUCGGCAACGAGUAUCAUGUUGGCCGAUUUCGUGUGGCUAGAAGUGGAAGCAGAAUUAGUUAUCAGCAUGUCGGAAACUGUCUGAAGAGUGAUCUCAGUCACCAGCCUCUAAAAAACUUUACGAGGAAUUCUGGAAGGCAGAGAGUAGGAGGCAGCCGCUGGGAAAUUCUAUCCGACUGAUCAUUAUCUUUGGAAAGGGAAUAAUUACAACUGGAAUCGGAGGUUUGUGAAGUACACCUGGAUCAAGCAGCGUGCAUGGGGUCAAUCACUAUAUUGACUAAGUGUUUUCAAAAGUAAGAAAGUCAGAGUUGGCGAUAACGGCAGCACAUCCAGUGUCUCUCAGUCACUUAAAGUCGAAGAAUACGAAGAUCAUAUUUCAAGUACGUGCAAAUGCACAUUCAUAACCAGCUAUUGCAUUCCAUCGAAAGAGCUGAUGUCGUGGUCUCAACCCCGAAACGCACCAGCUUCUCAACCUGUUAGUAAUAUGGAGGAUCGGUGAUGGGGGAAGGAGACAUCAAUCUUUCUGAAGGGCCACUCUGGCUGAAACCGUUGCUGAAGGCGGAUUUCUUCGCCACUUGUGCAGUUCAUGGAGUUUCUGCUAAGAGCGAAUGCAACCUGUUCUGCUUCAACUGCAUGGGUGAUGGCAUUUGCGCUUCUUGUACAGCUGACCAUAAGGAUCAUCACGUUGUUCAGAUCCGGCGGUCGUCUUACCAUGAUGUCAUUCGCGUUUCCGAAAUCCAGAAGCUUUUGGACAUCUCAACGGUGCAGACUUACAUUAUUAACAGUGCCCGUGUGGUGUUCCUAAAUGAGCGGCCUCAGCCACGAACAGCAAAAGGCGUGACUAAUACUUGCGAGACGUGUGAGCGAAGUCUGCUCGACACAUUUCGAUUCUGUUCCUUGGGAUGUAAGUUUCUGUGUUGCCAGCUUGCAGGAAUCAAGAAGCACAAGGAGCUUUCUUUCCUUCUACAACCAAAAUCACAAGGUUUCGGUAGCACGAACUCGCGUGUACCUUCAGACUCGGAAGACUCUUCCACUCAUAAGAAAGCAACACGAUCGAGGAAAGUUUUACAGUUACAAUCUUCACCUCUGUCUCACACAAGUUUCGAGAGCUCAGAGACAGAUCACGAAAUCGUGGAGGACCCAACUUUCGCCAAGCGACGAGCAUGGCAUCAGGGUGAAGGUGGACAAUCUUCACUUGGAGUUACUUCAGGGUGUUUUCAUGACACAGUUGGCUCAAUGCCUGUUCAGCUUGUGGUCGAUAUGUCACCGAGGACCCCACCACGUUCGAAUGUGCUUAGAAUUGCGAAACGACGGAAGGGCAUACCGCACAGGGCUCCUUUCCGUGCUUGAUACACACACCUGGACAAUAUGUAAAUAAGUACACUAUUAUAUCAUGUAGGAGAAGUUGACAAGGGUUCUUCAACGUGACAGGGCCCGUCAUCAAUGCCUCAUUGCAACUCUGUAUGUCAAAAAGGAAACCAGAAAGACAGAUCUAGUCUUCACCAACUAGGAUUGCUAUCGCACUGCAUUCUCAGGGGCCAAGAGUCAGGAAUUCGACCGAUUUCAAGCCUUCCUCCGAAGUGCUUUUCUUGUGUACAAAUGUGCUUGGCCUCAACCAAAAAGAAAACAAGGAUACAAGAAGCGUAGGCUUGAGAGCAGUGUCUACAAACCUCAAGUGUAUAUAAUAGAUCAAAGGGUAGCACUGUUACUACUAUUUAAUCUGCGUCGCGCAUCCUAUGGGUGUACCGCCAACAAUCAAACUGGGGUCACAAUCGAAACUCUCAAGGCCAGAUCAGCUGUUUUUUGACGCCAGUACCCUUCACCACUGUAGGGUUCGAAUCGAAUCUCAAUCUUUCCUCGAAGGUUACCAUCGGCUGAAGGGUAGUUCUAUGUUCCAGGAAGCUGGACUGGCCACUUUGCUUGUUACAGAAACUCAAGCGAAGCGGCCUCUGGUAAGCAUGUGGCGUUAUACAAAAAAGAGACGCAUCAAUACAAACGAUAAUGGGAACCUCUCCCAUGUAUCAUAGUUACUCUGCUCUAUGAGAAAUCUCAUGUAAAAUUCUAUACUCUGAUAUAUUGUAUUUUAACAACAUCCAUGUAAUAAAGUGCCAGUAAGUCUUUGUAUGAGACUAGUUCCUGUCAAAGGUUUCAUGCUGA